AUGGACAAGGUCAACGUUACGGGGUUGAAGGCGUUGCGGAAUGAGAUGAUAACGUUCGUCAAGGGGGAAGUCAACAGGAAACGGGCGGGCCAUGUCGGUAUUGCGGCCGACGACUAUGACGACGACGGCGACGAUCCCCUUUCGGCAUCCCAAGCUGUAGGUGUCGCCCACACCGACGACGAUGCGCGGGGGACUCCACAAGGAGAGCCAGGAGCCGACGUCGACAUGAUGGAUGAGGGGGCAGGAAGGGCGGUGACUGGGACUGCAGAGGAGCACCAGGACGACAACGGGGAUCGGGAAGAGGAGGCGGAUGACGAGGGUCAGGAAUAUGAGGAAGAGGAAGAGGAGGAGGAGGAGGAAAAGGAGGAAGAGGAAGAGGAGGACGACGACGAUGACGACGACGACAAGGAGGAAGAUGAGGAGGAGGCGGCGGUUGUCGUGGAGGCGGAGAAGCAGCAAGAGGGGGAGGAAGAGGAAGUGGUCGAGCUAGAGAUAAUGGAAGAGGUGGUGGAGUGCGACGACGGAGCGGAGAAAACGGGUGGGAGGACGGCGGAUGAGGAUGCGGCCGACGACGCCUGCGUGGGGGCGGCACCUGGGCGGAGCGAGAAGGUCGUGGUCGGCGAUGUGGCUGGCGUCAUGGCCGGUGUAGGCGGGGAUACCGCGCCGGCAACAACGCGGACGGGAAUGGAUGGGCCUACCGAGGCCAAGGCGAUGGGGGGGUGGUCAAGGAAGAAGAAGGCGGCGCGUGGUCACCCCGGUCCCGCGGCGUCCGGUCGGCAGGCACCGGUGGACGUAGUCGAGCUGUUGCGAGCGGAGAACACGAGGUUGCGGGCCGACAACGCACGCCUGCAGGAGUCGCUCAAUGACCAGACGGGACGGGUCGACAUCUUGGCGAAGGCGGUAGCUGGACUCCUCGACAAGCUCACGGCGUUGACCGCACAGGUCGCCACCACCGACCAGAAAGCGGCAAAACGUAUCGAAGACGCCACUUUGGCCAUGUCGACCACUAUCGCCGACGAGAUCACCGACAACAUCGCGGACGCCAUCGACGCUACGAAGUCGGUGUCGCGAUUUGUGGUGGACUGGCUGAAUGAAAUCAGUGGUCCCCAAGGAACCAUGGCAGUCGAACGCGCAGCAGCGGUAAAUUGUGUUGUCGACCACCAGACUGCAGUGUGGAAAGGCCUGGAGGAGACCAUCAUCAGCUACAUCGGCGCCGCACAAACCAACAUUGCUGCCGCGGUUUCUCGCCCCAUCGUCCUGCCAACGCCGCCACCUCCUCCUCCCACCCCAACUCAAGCCAUACCGGAAGAGUUCCUUUUGUCGUUCAAGGCCGACGUGCUGAAAGCGGUGACGGAGGUGACACAGCAGUCGUUUGUUGCGUCCGGGAUGAAGGCAUUGACCGAGAUGAUCGGAAAUGCGGCGCCUGGCGGAGGGGGAGACGGGGGCGAUUCAGGAAGUACUAAGCGGAGCAAGGGGGGAGAUGGGAGCCGCGGCGUCGGCGCGGUGGGUCCUGGCGGCUCGCGGACUCAAGGUCAGAGCGUGGUCGACCAGCUCAAGAAAAAAGGGGCAGAGGUGAUAAGGUUGCACCGCAAGGGCGAUGGGAUCUGCAGUGCAGAUGGGGGCCCUGCCGACGGGGUCGCCGCUCCAAACGCUGUACCAACAGCCCCGCCCUUGGUCCCCGACCAGGAGACCCCCACAUCUCACGCGGCGGGAGAUGGCGGCGCCGGAGCCGUCAAGGGUCCGUCAGUUGGGGUGGCGGGGACGACGUCGACUCCCAUUGACCCCCCUGGGGCCAGCAGGGCGCCGGUCGGCCAGUCGGCCGACAACAAAGUUGGGCCGGAGAUUGCGCCGACUCCUGCUCCAGCAGACCGGACUGCCGCCACGGGCGACGCGAAGGGCGCUGCGGCUAACCGCGAUGCUUCGGCCGCCAGAAAGUCGGAUGCGCUCAGGGAGCUGCUCCACCGCAUGGAGACCCAUCGCAAGGACGUGCAGCAGCCUCCAUCGGUCGAUGCCGCCCCUCUCGAAACAGCGCGUCCCUCGGUUGCUCCGCAAGUCGCCGCCGCUGCGUCCAACGCCCCACCUACCGCGCCUCAGGUCGCCGCCCGUCCUCCCGCGGACCCAAAGUCCGCAUUGCUUCGCGCCCGGUUAGGCGCACGUAGUGCGGCUGCACCAACACGUACUCGGCCGGCAGCCGGCUCAGGCGCGAAGCAGACUUCGGCAGGCGUGGCUGAUCCCACUCCCGGCGGAGCUAUUGUCGAUGCGGCGGCGGAGAAGGGCGUGAGUGCAGCGCUAGCCACCGGUGGCAGAGGCGGUGACCCUGCACAGGCGGCGAAAGGCCACAACGACGCCGACAUCGCCGCCAUCCAUAGCCUGCUGGAAGCGCUACAUUGCCCCCCCCCCCCCCCCCCCCCGGCGCUGGCCAUCGCAGACACGGCGCAUGUGGGGACUGCGGCGUGUCCCCCUGGUGGUUCAGCGGUGCCAAAGACGUCCAGUGGGACUGUCGGCGUUGGAAAGGCAAAGCGGAAUGGGAAGGCCGACACAAGGACAGGGAGGGCGAUCUCGCAGAGGAUCACACGGGCGAACUCAGCUGCGGAGCAGAAUCAGGAAGAGAAGUCGGUUGGCGAGGGCACGUCGGCGAAGCAAGGGAAGGAGAAGGCCGCGGUCGGCGACGGUAGGCCGGUGAAAAAGGGGAAGGAGAAGGAGAAGAAGAAGGAGCAGGCGGAGAAGGAGGCGGAGGAGAAGGAGAAGGGUCGGAAGGGUCAUGGCAUCCGCCAGGACAGCACGGGCGACGGGUUAGGGUGGGUGGGCGAGAUUAAAGUGCUCAAUCACAAUCGGUACAUCGGCAAGUCACGCGUCAAGAUGGAGCUGGCGUACCUGCACUCGAUCGCGUUUAUGGUCUACGACGGUUACGUCAGCAAGGUUCUCAUGGACGAACUCACCGGCUUGAAGGACGCCGAGAUGGAGGAGUGGAGGAGGGUGUGGGAGGAGGUCAGGAUCCUGCCGACAGGGAUGUGGACGGUGAUAUGGGCACGGGGCGCGUACCUUCCACGAACACGGUUCGACGGCAUCCUCGACAAGUAUCGAGCGUACAAGAGCUCAGGCGAUGCGCACCACAACGCGCUCUUGCCGGCGAUCUGGUUCCCCGUCGAUGCCGACACGAAGGAAGGCCAAGAGAAGGCGGAUGCUGCGAUGUCGGCCCUGAUUAGUCGUGUGUCCAUGUGCGCGGCGUAUGGGAAGGUCGCUGCGAGCGUCGUGGAGAAGACGGAGCUGGUGGCACAGGCAUGGGCAGCAUCGGCUUCCGCCUUGUGGUGCUUAGUCGAGAACGAUGACGCCUCCGUGGACGAUGCUGUGAGAGAGGGGAUGGCGGCGGCGAUGGUGGUCGGUGCGAGCGAGACGACCGAAGACGUCUUCAAAAAAGUCAUGAAGGCGGUGAUUCAGGCCGAGAUCGAGAGGGAGCAACCCCUCGGGGAGGUCGCGCACAACGUCGCGCCGGCGCUGCAGAGUGCCGCUCUGCAAAAGCUCUAUCCGGGGAGGGAUGCAGAACAUGAAGCCGUCGUGGUCGCUAGAGCGAUGGUGGAGACCAUGGCUUUUUGGGGAAUGUGCCCCGUCGCCGGGCCGAAACUCGAGGAGAUCGGCAUCGCUGUGCCUUGUGACGCGCAGAUGGAGCACGAUUUUAAAGAGAGGGGAAAGAAGGGGCAGAGGGGCAAGCAGGGCAAGGACAGCACGGAGAAGACGAAGGGGAAGAAGGGCAGGAAGGUAAAGGACAACACGGAUGCGUAG